AAUUGUAUGUGAUAAUGUUUUUUCAGGAAAUCUUGGAGAGGAUGCAGUAUGCAAUGAUAAAUGAAGGGUUCAAGAUCCUCGAGGAAGGUUUAUGUUCAAUGCCCGAGGAAAUUGAUAUCAUAUGGAUAUAUGGAUUUAGCUGGCCUAAAUAUAUGGGUGGACCAAUGUAUUAUGCAAGUCAGGUUGGUUUGAAGAAGAUAUAUGAAAGGAUAUGUUAUUAUCAUAAAACAUUCCCAUACAGUUCUCAUUGGGUACCAAGCAGUCUUCUAUCAAAACUUAGCCAAAAUGAUGUACCAUUUAGUAAAUGGGGACAAGCAAUUCAAGGGAGCAAACUCUAACUUGCCAUAGAAGAAAUAUCCUGGACUUUGUAAAAGGGAGUGAAUUUGUGACAAACUUAUUUAAAAGAAAAAUACUGUUGUGUUCAGAAUGAUCACUUGAUUCAAUUGUAAAGAUUGCCAUUAUUUUUUACAAUAUUGAUGAUUAUAUUAAAACAGUUUUUGUCCAGCACCCUUUUACUAUUUAGUAUACAUACUAUAUAAUAUAUUGUAAAUGUGUGCUGGGUAGUAAUUUUGUUUUUGAUGAUCAAGGGGAGAUUUAAAGUUUAUGAUAAAUUGACCAUUAUUGGCAAGACAAAUGUGCUGAAUGCCUGUUGUUGAAAUGAUCCAUUAAGUAUCUUAAUUAGAAUGAUCUGGAGGUGUGCAUGCUGCUAAAAUUAACAAUACAACUGAAAUGCAACCAAUAUAAAAUUCAGCAAAAUAGAGAUAGUUCAAAAAGUCAGUUACACAUGAUUUUUAAACAUUAUUUCAUAUAAAAUUGAUUUUUAUGCAUGAUUCGAUUUGAUUUUAUUGUGUUUUUCAACCAUUGUUUUUAAGUUCAUAUUGCUUUGGAGAUCUACAUAUUUCUUUAAUAUUAAUCUCAGAUCACGUACUCUAUUAUUUGGUUUAAUAAAAGCAGCAAGGUCGGACCAAGGUUUUCAGUUUUUGAAAAUAUUUGAUAAAAAUGGUCUAAAUUAUUAGAAAAGAGAACCAUCUAUAUAGAUAUUCUAAGAUUUAGUGCAAAAAGAUUGCAAACCUGAUUUGAAGGGGUCGGUUGAAUAUAUGUGUGUUGAGCUGGCUUGUUUAUAGACUGUCUUUAGCAGAGUUUUAUAUAUUAUUUAAUAUUUAUUAUUUAAUGAUAUAAUUUUUAUAAUUAUUUUAAUGAUUUUUUGAUGCUUUGUUUAAGUAAUAAGUUUUGAUUAUAAAGUAAAGCAUGUAAGAAUGGGAUCAAUUUUUGUCACAAAUAAUUAUAUGGAGGGUUGACUGCAAAACUGUAGUAACUUAUAUGAAAUAAAGAAGGACUUACAACAGUUUGGAGAUCAACCCUCAAUAUAUACAUGUAUACUGCCCUUUUACUGUUUCAACACUCAAAAUGAUAAUUAAUUGAGUGUAAUUGAGUAAAGUAGGUACAUAUGUAUAUAAUUUAAAAUUUAACAAUGUACAUGUAUUUAUCCUCAAAUAUUUUAUGUUGAUCUAAAUUGUGAAGGAAAAAU